AAGAGACCAAAGAUGAAAACGCCUCAGACUGUCACCCUCCUGCUCGUGCUGCUCAUCAACGCCGCAGCAGCUUUCCCUGUGGACAGAAGGGAUAAGCAAGCCUCCUGGGACGACAUCAACGUGGUGACCCACGGUCUGCUGCAGCUGGGCCAGGGGCUCAAGGAGCAUGUGGACAAGUCCAAAGUCAUGAUGCGGGACAUCAGCGGCAAACUGAAAGCCUUCAACAGCACCAUAACUGCGCUUGAGAGAAAGCAGCAGGAGCAGGAUGAAGAUCUCAAAGCCCGGGAGGUGGAGGCCACGAGUGAGGCGAUGGCCAAGGUGGAUGAGGUGAUGAAGCAGAACGAAGACAUCUACUCACGCAUGGACAGCCUUGAGGAGAAAGUGAACCAAGAGUUUAAAGUGACACUGAACACCAGCUUCAACGAUGACAACUCGGCGAAGUCGUUUGUUCAGAGAGUCCUGGCUGCUCAGAACAGACGCAUCGACCAGCUGGUGGACAAGAUCAGGCAGCAACAAGACAAGCUGGAGAAGCAGAGUUUACACCUGCAGGCACUGCAGAGAAAGGUUGCACACAAAGGUGUCAAAUACCACAGGCGCAGGGAUGAGGAGGAAACCAUUCUGAGGGGCAAUGCAGCUCCAAGUGACAGCAGAGUCGGCUCGGCCCGAGAUUGCCAUGACCUGUUUGUACACGGGCAGCGAGCCAGCGGCGUCUACACCAUCCAACCCCACGACUCACAGCCGUUCACCGUUUUCUGUGAAAUGAGCUCAGAAGGUGGAUGGACCGUCAUCCAGAAGCGUUUUGACGGAUCCCAGAACUUUAAUCAGCUUUGGGAGAGCUAUAAAAAAGGAUUCGGGAGUCUAAACGGUGAAUUCUGGUUGGGCUUGGAGAACAUACACGCAAUCGCCAAACAAGGGCAGUACAUGCUGCAGGUGGAGCUCUCUGAUUGGACGGGAGAGAUGCAGGCAAUCCAUUAUGGCUUCCAACUGGACGCUGAGGAGGAGAAGUAUGCUCUCCACCUGGAGGAGGAGUCUGGAGUUGACCUGACAGGUGCCAAGGGUCUUCCCUUCUCCACAGCCGACCGCGACAAUGACAUGGCCGCCAACACCAACUGCGCUGAGCUUCACUCAGGAGGUUGGUGGUUCAGCAGCUGCGGCGCAUCCAACCUUAACGGCAAAUAUCCCCGAAGGCUCGGCCCGGUCAGGAGGUCGCGGCCUAGAACGAUGUUUUGGGUGGACAAAAAGGGACAAGACACCCCACUGAGAACAACUCUUCUGAAGCUUGCACCUUUGUCUGUAAAACUAGAAUAA